CAAUCCAGUGCUGAGUGCAGAGAACUCCGGCAAUUCCAGCAACUGAUUCUUUUCACGCCGGCAAAAUCACGAUUUUACAGUUCCGGCGAGUGAUUCCUUUCCCUUCGAGCAACACAUUGUUAGGUUAGGUUGAAAGAUGUUGAAUCAGAUUCUCUGUUCCAAUUGGUUGGAAGAUAGGAUAAGCCAGUUACCAGAUCCUUUGAUAUGUCAGAUUCUUUCUCAUCUUCCCACAAAGAAAGCUGUGAGGACAAGCGUUUUAUCCACCAGAUGGAAGAGUCUCUGGCUUUGGCUUCCUAGUUUGGAAUUGGCAUCGUCGAAGUUCCCUAAUCCCAAUGCCUUUAUGAGUUUUGGUGACAGCUUUUUCCAUUCCAGUAGAGUUUCAAGCAUUCACAAGCUCAACUUAACUUUGAACUUUGGAAAUGUCAAUACUCACUUCGCAUCUUGGAUUGAUGCUGCAGUUAAGCGUAACGUCCAGCAUCUACAUGUUCGUUAUGCUUGUGAGAUGCCCUUAAGUCUUUAUACCUCUGAGACACUGGUAUCCUUAAAACUUUAUUGGGUGGUCUUGCCUAGUGCCGAGUUUGUUUCUUUGCCUUGUCUGAAGGUCCUGCAUUUAGAAUAUAUUAGCUAUUCCAAUGAUACCACUUUCGAGAAACUUGUCUCAUCCUCCCCUGUCCUGGAAGAGUUAGAGUUUGGACUUGUUAGUUCUGUUGAAAAUGUCUUUCGGGUGCUCUCUAGGUCAUUGAAGAAGCUCACUAUAAGUAUACGCAUCUCUGUGGGUGUUUCUGAGAGAGGAAUUUUGAUUGAUGCCCCUCGACUAGACUUUCUUGGCAUCUGUGAUAACUUAUCAGAAAGCUUUAUAAUAAUGAAUAUGGGUUCCAAUGUCAAGUUAGAUCUUGAUCUCAGCCCUGCUAUAUUAUUUGAAGUAUUAGAUGUUUUAUCCAGGAGAAAUAGUUUGCACAGUUUUCUCCCCCAGAUUUCAAAGAUCAGGGAUAUGUUCAUACAUCUAGGCACUUCCCAGCUCCUCUGUGAAUACUCGAAACUAGAACCACUGCCUCAGUUUGGUUACAUGUCCCGCCUGCAAGUAGAGCUCUAUUAUUCCCAUUCGAAAUGGUUACCAACCUUACUGGAAAGCUGCCCUAACUUGAAAUCUCUCAUCUUGCUAUGCUACAACGCAGUUCAUGAGGAAAUGCCAUUUGAGGAGACGAAUCAAGUCGGUUUUUCGACUGUGCCUCAGUGUUUGCUAUCGUCUCUCGAAUUUGUUGAUUUCAAAGUGAAAGUAUCGGGACUUGCUGCAGAGAUGAAACUAGUAAGGUACUUUCUAGAAAAUUCGCCAAUCCUCAAGAAGCUCACUCUUCCUUUGCGUUAUGAUAACAUUCAGAUUCAAGAUGACUUGGUCAAGAAAUUCCUCAAAAUUCCAAGACGCUCUACCGAAUGCGAAGUCGUCUUCCUUUGAUUGGCGAAGAGUAGAGAGAACAUUGUAAAGUUUCGUGAUAAUGUAAAAACGAAGUGAAUAUGCAUUCUAGUUUCAUGGUUGGUAUGGCUUAGGUCCAUCUAGGCGUAGGCUUUCAUAUGUUUCUCUUAUCAUUUGUGUUUAAGUAGUGAAAAAGCUUGGAGAUCUCAGUUGUUCUUAUUUUGGUGACUUUGUGUAAAGAGUUGGAUAUGCGUAACAGUUUCAUUGUUAUUUGGUUUGGUGAUAUUAUGAUAGCGUAAUUAGUUUGCUCA